AUGAGCACCAACAACCGGCAAAACAGAGGCAACAAGCCUCAGGAGCAACAGCCAACUGCAGGAAAUGGGGCAGCCGAUGCCAAAACAUUGGAGGAAUUGAAAGCGGAGCUGGAAGAGACAAAAAGAAAUAGAAAUUAUUACCAACUCGAAAGAGAUCGUAUAAAUUCCUUUUGGGAAAUUUCAAAGAAGGAGAUUGACAAUUUCAAAGGAGAAGUUAGAAAUCUUCAUCGUGAGAUGGAAGAAAAUGAAGAACGACAUCAAGUGGAGUUGAAAGUGUACAAACAAAAAGUGAGGCAUCUCCUUUACGAACAAAAAAUUACGAUCGAUCGCUUGAAAAUUGAAAGUGAGAAUGCUCUCAAAAUUCAAGCAGAUGAAUUCCGACAAAAACUAGCUCAAUUAAAAUCUGACAAGCGAAAAUUAAAGAGAGAGCUUCAUUCUAUGGAAAUUGCCUAUCAAGAAGAAAUCAAAGGUUUGAAAACCAACCAAGACAAGAAUCUUACAAAACAAACCGAAACGUUUGCCAGAAAGUUAAAAGAAACUCAGCUCAAAUAUGAAAUGAAAAUGAAGAAGCUUAGAGAAGACUUGGAGCUACGAGGUAGAAAAGAAACAGAAGAAAUUGAGGAGAGAAAGAAUACACAUAUUAAACAACUAAUGGAAAAGCACAAAUUAGCGUUCCAACAAAUGAAAGAUUAUUAUAUAACCAUCACCAGAAAUAAUUUGGAGCUCAUCAAGACCUUAAAAGAUGAAGCUGCUCAAAUGAAACAAGAAGAAGCUGAUAACGAGAAGCUCAUGCUUGAAAUUGCUCAAGACAACAAGAGGUUGAGUGAGCCACUUGUUAAGGCGCUUGCGGAAGUGAAAAAGCUAAGAAACGAAUUAGCCAAUUAUCAAAAAGAUAAAUUAUCGUUGAAGAAUGCUAAAAGCAGGUUAGUCAUGAUGGAAGACCAACUUAAAAAGCUGAAAUGGGAGCACGAAAUUUUGGAGCAAAGUCACAAACAAGUACAAAAGGAACGAGACGAGUUAUACGACAAAUUCGAGCGAACCAUUCACGAUGUACAGCAAAAAACUCUGUUCAAGAAUCAGGUUCUCGAGACAAAGGUGUACGCACUACAAGAAAAUUUGGAAAAGAAAGAUGCCCAGAUUCAUGAAAUUCUCAAAGCCUGUAAUAUCGACGAAAGGACAGUUGAGGAAAUUACAGAAGGUUUGGACAAUGUAAUUGAGGAGAAGAACAACACGAUAAGAGAACUCAAAUUCGAAAUUGAAAAGAUGAAAAAGAGCUACAACGACUUAAUUCGUGUGAUCAAUGCCAAGAUGCAACAAUAUGGUAUUGAGGAAGAACUGGGUGUUGAGCCCAUCGCCAACGUUGCCGACGAAGGAGUGCCAGGAAGAGUCUGGGUCAAGUAG